AUGAUAUCGUCUCCGGUUGAUAGAUUUUACAGUUUACCAGAAUUGGCCAUUGUCAAAAUCCUUUCCAGUCUCUCAACAAAAGAUGCGGUUAAAACAAGCUUGCUAUCCAAACGCUGGAAAUCUCUGUGGAUUAAUGUUCCCACCUUUGAUUUUGAGUUGCCUGGCCCAGAAGCAGAAGGUAAUCGUAAGACGGCUUCUGUGCAGUUUGUUAAUAAUGUGUUUCUUCACAAUGUUGUUAAGUACUUGGCAAAGUUUCGACUUUUAUGGUCCCCUGGUGAAUCUGAAGUAGCUUAUGUUAACAUGUGGGUUCGUCAUGCCAUAAUUCAUCGUAAUGUUCGGAAUCUUACGCUUCAGAUCGGAACUGGUUGUGUUUGUGAGGUACCUGCCGAGCUUCUCACUUCAGGUACACUGGAAUCACUGCAUUUAUGUGGGCUAUUUGUUCUUAAGGUCUCAGGCAGGGAAGUUUGUUUUCCUAAACUAAAUACCUUGAAACUUUUUGGAGUCAAAUAUGAAUUGGCUGAGUCUUUGCACAGACUUAUAUUUGGUUGUCCCGUGUUACUAAAUCUAGUAUUAGAUUGUAUUCGUGAAGACAACAUAACAGUUUAUAAGAUCUCUUCCCUUUCAUUGAGAAGCCUUAUUGCCUUUUUCUCCAAUUGCUGGCCUGAUUUGGAAGUUGAUGCGCCUGCUCUUGAAAUCUCUUUGAAAUCGACAUACCCUAAGGGCAAAGCGAUACUUUGUUACACGAAAGAUGGUAAGAGCGGAAUUUGCCCUGGGAUUGCGGGCGUAGUUCAAUUGCAUAACCAGGCGAAGUCUCUGACAUUAAAGGGAACAGCCGGGGAUGCACUGAGCUAUGCAGUUGACCGCCUGGUCAAAUCGUCAUCUCGGUUUGAGAAAUUAAGGGACUUGGAUAUUCAGCUUCACUGUUGCAAAUGGAGCUGCCUUACUGUCUUGCUUGAACGGUCGAUAGUGUUACAAGUCCUUAAAAUUUCAAUGGACGGUGAGUGUGAUGAAGACACUCAUCAGUUAAGUUGGAAGGAUCCCACCCAAGUUCCUGAGUGCUUGUCUUCUAGUCUAUCAAAAUUUUCAUUCCAGGGAUUGGUAGGCCGAGAGGACGAGGUUGCAAUGAUAAGGUAUAUCCUAAAGCACGGCGCAGUCCUGAAAAGCGUUGAACUAGUCUCCUGGCCUCCUGCAAUCUCUAUGACAUCGGGUACUGAUUUGGAGUUCAAGUUUCAGAUGCUUCAAAAGAUAUCAAUGUUUCCAAGAGGUUCUGAUGACUGUGAAUUGAGUUUUAUCUUACUGGAUGACAUUUUCAUGGCAACACCUAGCUAG